AUGCAAGAUGAUGGUCAUGGUCAUGGCAAAAGCACGCACUUUAUAGAUGACCCGCCCCCGCCGCCGCCUUCUUCUUGCUCCAGCGGUCCAGCCUCGUGCGCCAUCGCUGGCAUUCGCCUCCGCGGCCGUGAAUCCCUGACGGAAGCUAUGGACGCCGACGCCGACUCUCCCAGGAUGUUUGGCUGCGGCCUGUUCCGCCGCCGGAGGGCGAGGUCGACCAGUUCGAUCCCGGCCUUGGAGUCCGCCGGGGCGGCCGCGGCGAAGCGAACGCUGGACGUGGGCACGCCUCGGCAACGCAAGGGCUCCGACAACGUUACUUCCAUAGUCCGCGUCCCGGUUCCGCUGCCUGCCGUGAAGGCCCGGGCGGCUCCGGCGGUUGUCCAGUUGCGCAGGCCGAGGACGGAGGCCAUGAGGGCGCUCCCGGCUCCGGCGACAGCGCCGGCCGUGAGCAAGGGGAUCGUGGCGGAGCUCGACGGAAUGCUGUACGAUCGGCAGCGCGCCGCCGCCGCCGGAGGCGGUCACCUCCUCCGCGCCUCGUCGGGCAACGUGAUGGUGUACGGCAACCUUGGCAACCUCCGGGGAAAUCCAGUGAAUCCUCCAAGCCGAAAUAAAAUGCUCGAUUCCCUCCCCAAAACGGUCAAGGAACUGAGGGAAGAGGCGAAGGACAAGGAGAUCAGGGCCUCGGCGCCGGCGAAUCGGAUCCCAAUCAAGGAGAAGACUCCAGCUCCCGCGCCAGAGCUGUGCCGCGCUCUCUCGACGAGGCAGAACCCGGAGGAGCUGAAGGAGAUGGGGAACGAGGAGUACAAGAAAGGAAGUUUCGCGGAGAACCCCGGCAAGGCCUCCUACUACGUCAACAAGGCGGCUGCGCUCGCCGGCAUGGGCCGCCUCUUCGACGCCGUGGCCCAAUGCAACGAGGCCAUCAGAAUCGAUCCCGCUCACUAUCGCGCCCACCAUCGUCUCGCUUCCCUUUAUCUCAGACUGGGAGAAGCCGAUAAAGCAGUUCAUCAUUUCAAGCAAUCGAGAGACGAAGCCAGUGCCUGGGACAAGUCGAGAGCACAGGCCCUGCAAUCCCACAUUUCCAAAUCCAACGAAGCUCGCAGGUUGAAGGACUACCUCACGUUGCUGAAGGAAUCGCAGUCCGCUGCUUCCUCUGGUGCCGAUUCUUCCCCCCAGGUCUUCGCGAUGCAAGCGGAUGCACUUCUGAAGUUGCAGAAACACGAGGAUGCGGAUUCGACCAUGAGCAGAGCCCCCGAGUUGGGCGGCAUGGAUGAGUUUACCAAGUUCUUUGGUGCCACUGCAAAUUCAUACUUCCUCAUGAUCCAAGCACAAGUCGAGAUGGCCGCGGGAAGGUUCGAAGAGGCGGCGGCGGUGGCGCAGAAAGCUGCUCGACUCGACCCGGGCUGCCGGGAGACGGCCGCAGUAGCCCGACGAGCACGAGCCGUAGCCUCAGCAAGUGCGAGGGGAAACGAUCUCUUCAAGGCGUCCAAGUUCGCCGAGGCGUGCGUUGCCUAUGGAGAAGGCUUGAAUCACGAUCCCCAAAACGCCGCCCUUCUCUUUAAUCGAGCUACGUGCCGCUCGGAGCUUGGGCACUACGAGAAAGCGGUCGAGGACUGCAACGCUGCGCUUGCCCUCAGGCCUUCCUACGGCGAGGCUCGCCGACGGCGGGCCGACUGCAAUGCCAAGUUGGAAAGAUGGGAAGCAGCAGCGAAGGAUUAUGGAGCGUUGGCCGCCGUCCAGGAAACCCCAGGAGAUGAAGAGGUGGCCAAGGCUAAAGCCAAGCUCAAGAAGAAACAAGAUGAACGAUCGUGGCUGCUGAUCAGUCCACUUGCAGUUAUUGAAUAUUACAGAGGAAUUGAAUAUUAUUCCGCAUGGCUGCUUCCUAGUGGCAUUGUGCACUUACUUUGCUUCUGA